ACAGGAAGAACCGACUAAAACCAGGGCAAAUCUGGAAGAAAAAUGCUCGGACAAAACGAACAGGCGUCUUGUUUUUCCGGAUAAAUUAACCAGCAUAACUUUUGUACUCUACCACCUGAUAGUAAUUUCGAUUACAUCUUGUAGAAGUAGGUGCAGUUUUUUCGACAAUUUUGAUAGACGCUAAUGCCGUAAGAAACCUAACGUUAGACAGACAGUGACGCGAUAUAUUUCCUUUAGGUUUUGCUCUUGCGAAUUUGUCUGCUAGACUGCAUUUUACUCAGUGCUCUCUGAAGUCGUCUGAAUUGUGUGAUUUUUCCGCAGAGGAAAAUCUCUAAAAAUGGUUCAAAAAGAUCAGACGCUGGAGACGCCUCCAGUGGACGGCGAGCCGAGCCCCAGCCCAGUCUCCGGAGAGGCUUGUGCUGAGGCCCCCGGCCCGGUGGGAGAGUCCGGCAUUGCAGUCGAGCCGACGGGCCACAGAAAAUUCAUAAGUGGAGUCGUGGAAGGCUUUUAUGGUCGACCAUGGACAAUGGAGCAGAGGAAAGAGUUGUUCAGAAGACAACAGAAAUGGGGACUGAACACAUACCUGUAUGCACCCAAAGAUGACUACAAACACAGAAUGUUCUGGAGAGAGCUGUACUCAGUGGAAGAAGCAGAGCAACUUAUGACUUUAAUUGGCGCUGCUAAGGAGCAUGGGAUAGAGUUCAUCUAUGCCAUUUCUCCUGGACUGGACAUCACCUUCUCCAAUCAGAAAGAGGUUUCUGCACUCAAGAGGAAACUUGAUCAGGUUACUCACUUUGGCUGCAAGUCAUUUGCCUUACUUUUUGAUGACAUUGACCACAACAUGUGCCCUGCUGACAAAGAGGUGUUCAGCUCAUUCGCACAUGCUCAGGUUUCCAUUACCAAUGAAAUCUACCAGUACCUGGGAGAGCCUGAAACCUUCCUCUUCUGUCCCACAGAGUACUGUGGAACAUUCUGCUACCCAAAUGUCUCACAGUCCCCCUACCUCCACACAGUAGGCGAAAAGCUACUGCCUGACAUUGACGUGCUAUGGACAGGCCCCAAGGUGGUGUCCAAAGAUAUUCCAGUGGAGUCUAUUGAGGAGGUGUCAAAAAUCCUAAGAAGAGCCCCUGUUAUCUGGGACAACAUUCACGCCAAUGACUAUGACCAAAAGAGGCUUUUCUUGGGUCCAUACAAAGGCCGCUCCACAGAGCUCAUUCCCAGGCUGAAGGGAGUCCUCACCAACCCUAAUUGCGAGUUUGAGUCCAACUUUGUAGCUAUCCACACUCUGGCCACCUGGUACAAGUCUAAUAUGAAUGGGGUGCGCAAGGAUAUUGUCAUGACGGAUGGUGAGGACAGCACCGUGUCCAUCCAGAUAAAGUUAGAGAAUGAGGGCAGUGAUGAAGAACUGGAGACAGAUAUGCUCUACAGCCCACAGCUUGCUCUAAAACUGGCUCUCACAGAAUGGCUGGGGGAAUUUUGUGUUCCUCAUCAAUACAACAGCCGACAGGUGCCUCAGAGUGGUGCCAAGAGCGCAGCCAUCGACGUGUCGUCCAUGGCUGCUCCCUCUCUGUGCUCUUCCACAACAGUCACGACUGUGUUCCAGCAGCCUAUCAUGUCUCCAGCCAUGCCGCCUCUUUGUCUGGAUCCACUCUCACACCCCAUGGCAAAAAGAGCUCAGGAUGUUGAGGAGGUGGAGGUGGAGAAGAAGGAUUCAGAUGAGGAGCCCAUGGAGAUGGUGGUUGAGAAGAUGGUAGAUGAGCCAGAGACAGAAGCAGAAGGCGUCCCAGAGGAGAAGCACGUUGGUCCUAUCUUAGCCGACAAGAUGGCUGAGGACCUGAAGCCCAUGGAUACAGACAAGGAGAGUCUGGCAGAGUCAAAGUCCCCUGAAGAGUCUAUCCAGGAGGACUCUGGGAGCGAUAUCGCCCCUAUGCAGACAGAUGAUCAGCUCAAACAGGUGCCACAAACAUUUGAAGUGUUUGUGCCUGGGCCCGACGAGAAGCCCCUGUACAAAGCAGAGCCCCUCACUAUUGAGGACCUGAGCUUGCUGGCAGAGCUCUUCUACUUGCCUUAUGAACAUGGAAACAAGGCCAUGCAGAUGUUAAAGGAGUUCAACUGGCUAAGAGCUAACAGCAGCGUCGUCAGUGUCAACUGCAAGAGAAAGGAGACUGAAAAGGUGGCAGAAUGGCAAAUGAGGGCAGAGAAGUUUGAGGAGAUGUGCUGCUCAGUCAUCCAGAUGUUCACACGGCUGUCCAAUUCAGCCAACCGCACCAUCCUAUACGACCUCUACUCUUACAUCUGGGACAUCAAGAGCAUCAUUUCUAUGGUCAAGUCUUUUGUCCAGUGGCUAGGGUGUCGUAGUCAGUCCUCAGCACAAUUCCUUAGAGGAGACCAAGAGCCCUGGGCCUUUAGGGGAGGUCUAGCAGGAGAGUUCCAGAGAUUGUUGCCAAUCGAAGCGGCAAACGAUCUUUUCUACCAACCUCCACCUUCAAUGCCAACCUCCAAACUCUAUUCCAUAAGGCCAUACUUUCCCAAAGAUGAGGCUGCGGUUUAUAAAAUCUGUAAAGAAAUGUACUGUGAAGGAAUGGAAGAUGUACCUUUCUCUGAUGAGGAUCCUGACCUCAUAGGAGACAGGUUAGUAGGAGGUCUCCUGACGCUAAGUUCAGAGUAUGGGUUUGUGCUAGAGGAUGAUGAAGGGAUUUGCGGUUAUGCUCUUGGUACAGUGGAUGUCGAGCCCUUCAUCAAGAAAUGCAAGUUGAGCUGGAUCCCCUUCAUGCAAGAGAAAUACCACAAACCGGACUGUCAGAAAGACCUGACAGAGGCUGAGAAGAUGAUGCUGAGUUUCCAUGAAGAGGAGGAGGGUCUUCCAGACUCUUUCCACUCCAACUUUCCCUCUCUCAUAAAGGUUGACAUUCACGCCAAAGUCACUGACCCCAGUGUGGCCAAAAGCAUGAUGGGAUGUCUUCUAUCUUCUCUCAAGGCCAACGGGUCCCAUGGUGCGUUCUGUAAGGUUCGUCAGACUGAUAAGAGAAUGUUGGACUUCUAUAGUAAGCUAGGAUGCUUUGAAGUGGCCAAAAUGGAGGGCUUCCCCAAAGACGUCAUCAUUAUGGGACGCAGCCUAUGAAGAAACGUCCUGCUACAAUAACAGAGACAGAGAGCAAGUCAACGUGGCUUGAACAUGUUUGCUACCUUCAUGAGAAAAACUUCCAUGAUGAUUUUAUACUACAUUACCAUCAGGGCUAGCCCCGAGAAAACCUCUUUUUAGGAUUUGUGUACAGAAGCACAGCAGUCGCACACACAGAUUCCCUGCGCUGCCCUUAGAUAUUAUGGCUCUGUUGGAGUCAGCAGAUCUGAAGCUAAAAGGCAGAGGAGUGAUCUGUAGUCUGCUGAUUUGAGCCAGCAUGGAAGAGUGGCACUCCAGCAUUGAUUUCUGGGGUGCCACUACUCGUAUACCUCCAGGAGGCAGGAAGUGAUAACUCCAUAAGCCUUUUUCUGAUUUAAACCUGUAGCCAUUACAUGGAAAGCGCCCGCAUGCCCUAACGCAAAGUGUCUGUACCUGAAAUGGAAGCAGAGCUGUGAAAUGAGGGCGGCCUGUGUCUCAGGUAGUGUCUCGCUACCCCUGCGUCCUGCUUCCCCAGCUUUAACAUAGAGAAAUAACACAGCUGCCAACAGAAGUAGGACACUUUCAUACAGGAUGUGAGGUGCUACGUGAGGGUUUGCCUUCCAUCAUCACAUCGUGGUAUUUCCACAACAGACUUGGAGAAAGAAGCCUUUUAUGUGGCUUGUCUCGAACAAAAAGUGAUGAGUAUAAGUAGGAAAUUUUAUAGUUUUCCGUGUGAAAAUCUUAAUCAAAGAUUGUGACACACCAGCAAGGGAAAAGUAUUUGUUGAGACUGUAACGAAAAUUAAACCAGGAGGUCCUCAGAAUUUCAGUUGAAGUAAUAGUAGACAUUUGGAAAGCACGAGGAAAGCUACCAGGUUUACAAACAUGGUUCCCAGUCAGUUUCUGUUCAGUGCUUUGCUUGUGGCCAUUUAUUAUUUUUUAUAAUUCUGCUGUUUUUUGUGCUAUUGCCUUUUGGUUCAUUGCUUUUUGUAUUUUAGGUUUAUAUUGCAGGCCCCAGUGUCUACUGUGUAAAGGCUUUCUAACAUGUGUCACUCAGACUGAGCUAGAAGGAAUUUUUUAUUUUUUUUUUGGACAUCUGCCUUGUUGUUGCUCAAAUUCCAGAGAUGUAGCUUGACAGUGACAGUCGCAUGUCUUAGUUUUGCCCUGCCAGAUCCGGGAGGUCACUGUCAGAGAAAGCUCAGACCAUCUCAGCAGCAACAACCCUCCUGUGAUCGUAAAGCUGCUCAGUUUCUUCUUAACCACUAAUUCCAAACCUGACUUGUAAAGCAGCUGGUGAUCUGACCUGUGUUCUAGAGAUGUGCUGUGCUGGAAAGUUAUCUUUUGCUUGUCAUAGGUAAUAGAAAGUUAUAAGUUUUCAACUAUCAUCUUGCACCCCUCCCUUGCAUUGUUUCAGCAUUCUCUGGAAUGAAAGUCUUCUCAGUUGAACCUUGCCAAGCACCCUUGGUAUCGCAGAGGUUGUUAAAUCCAGUCACCAAAGUGACACUGACUCCCACACUGUUGAACUGUUAAGGUGUGGCAGGGCUUGGAGCAGAAAUUCCGAGGCCUUUUCCUAUUUGUCCAUGUUGAAUGUUUUAUAUUCUGACUCGUUUCCCAUUUGUUUUUGUAAAUGUAUGUAGUUAAUUUAAAAUAAAAGCAGUUGGGACUAUUGAUAGGAGUGUUCUGCUGGUUUCAUGUGGAUCAUCAGUUGCUCUCCAGUGGCUGCUGCCAAUGUGAUGUUUUGAUACUGUGUACAUUCAUAAUGUGCAUGAGGUGUACUGAAAUUGGUGUGGCGGUCAUUAGAAUAACCUCAUCUUGUGCUACAUAGAGCAAGAAGCAUGCCACUCACCUUUAUGAGCACAAUACUGUAGUUGGUAGACAGUGCUAACGCUGUCAAUCAUAAUGUUAUUAUUUUGUAUAUCUCUAUAGAAACUGUGGCUAGCAUUCUGUUGUCCUUGAAGGAAAAGAAAAUGCUGGCCUUCUAAUGAUGCCCUGUCCUGUUUUCCGCAAGGUGUGAAACUCACCAACAGAUCUCUCCUGAAAUGACAGCAGAACUUUCAGGCUUGUUUUAAAUGGUUCAUUUGCAGUUUGUUGAUUGGGAGGGGGGCUCAUAAAAAGUGACAGUUUACCAUGUAAAACUUGUAUGUAAAAUACAUAAUAUUAAAAACUAAUAAACUAUAAUAAGAAA